UUUUUACCCCGACAGCGAGUCGGUCCAAGUUUACACUUGGUCGUGUCAGUCGAGAGAAGCAUGCCGUGCGCGCGCGCGUUCGCCCCGCGCCACCUCCGUUGACGAGUGUACGCUGUGUCUUAUACGUGCCAUUAGUGUUUUUGGAUUUUUAUUUUGGAUGUUUUACGCAAGAUGUCGAAUUUCAGUGCCGAUGGACAGUCUGCUGUUAAAGAUCGGUUGGUGGAGCGUGACGCGGGCUUCGUGUCCGGCGGCGAUGACGAUGACUCCUGCUCCGGCCCCGCGCACUCCGACGACUCCGGGGUCCGGCUCGUCGAGUCAGAGUCCCGGACGAAGCGGGACCGCUCUCCCACACGCCAGCCGCCCAAGAAGAGAAUACGAUUGAACUCAACAGAUGACCUACCUAGCCCUGACAGCGAUGCCGCUAGCCCCUUCCGGCCCUGGUCUUUCACGGAAGAACCGCAACGAGAACCCCUAUCAUUAGUAAAGAAGAGCACAGAGAUCUCCUCAUUAAGGCAGAGGCGGAGGCCACUGGACCCUCCCCCGCCUCCGAUACCGCCGAUACCCCCACCACCGGAGCCUCAAGGCCCUCCACGGGUCCCGUCUCAUCCCGGCGUAGUGGAAUAUGCAGAGAAGUCCAAGCCAAGGGAACAGAGAAACUACAAGAAUAUGACCAGAGAGAGAAGAAUAGAAGCGAACGCCAGGGAGCGGACGCGGGUGCACACCAUAAGCGCCGCCUUCGACACUUUAAGGCGGGCAGUGCCAGCCUACAGUCAUAAUCAAAAACUGUCCAAGUUAUCAGUGUUGCGGAUAGCUUGCGCGUACAUUACCGCUCUGUCGGCAGCAAUCGAUCCCGAUGCUGACUUAACGACGGCAGUGGAUAACGUCACUCACACAAUACACACAGAAGGGAAGUUGAGGAAAAAGAAGGACGAUCCGUGAGCAGCAUCAGGUGCUGAAUGAGUUUCACAUUAUGACCUACCUGUGAAGGUUUGGGGACUUGAAUUGGUGCCGCACGCGGGUUUGUAGGAUCUUUAUAAGUGAACUUCGAUACUUAUGAAUUUACCGUCCUGUGAGAGAAAGAGGUGGUACGAAUUAGUAUGUACUAAGAGUUCAGGACGCUUAAGGUCUUUCUAGGUUUGGUUUCCUAAGCCCGCUCAUUUACGUGCCUUUUACUUUUCCGGUAUUCGUGUACGAAUAUUGUAUUUGAGGUCAAUUGAAAUGUAGUGUAUUGUUAUUAAACAGUCUGCCUGUACGAGCUUGGUCUCAAAUUCCGUCCUUCAUUUCAAAAUUUGUACACAAUAUGCCACCGAAAGAUGAAAUCAAGCUCGCCCUAAAAAUAUUUCUGUGUCAGUACAAAAACGACAAUAAUAAAAACUUAUAAAAAAAAAUAAUCGUUUGUAAAAAUUAUGUGAAAGUAACAAUGAAUCUCAAUAUUGGCUUGUUCAUAAAGUCCAUUUUUACUUACUAUGGACACUUUUAAAUACAUUGCUAAUUACAAAUAGUGAUGAAUCAUUAUCAUUCGUUUUGAUCUAUUCAAUAUGUGGCAUUUCUAUUAUUAUAAGCUUAAAAUACAUUAUUACAAGGUCCAUAGUGGCCCAGGUAAGUGUCGCGUUCCAGGAGCAUAUUGUGUAUAUCCGGUUUCAUUAGGCCGGCAUAAUUGUGUCGACUCUCGAGGGGUAAUCAUCUCUCGUCAGUCGACAUUCUAUUGAGCCACAUUCCACUUACCAUCAGGUGUAGUGAAGUCACUAUGCCUUGCACUUAUAAAAAAGAGACCUAAGUACUUAAUUUUAUCGAGUAGCUUUUGAUCAAAAAGACUUGUAUCUUGACGAAUGUUUCUAAAUCCAAGGGAUUCUAUCACUAUUUGUGAAUAAGCUUAAGGCGUGACAAAACUCUCAUAUUGCGUGGAUUGGAAUGUCAUGCAAAAAAAUAAAGUUCCAACACCAAAUAAUUCAAGUCCAUGAACACAUGUAAACUUCUAAUAGCCAAAUUAAAGAUUUCAUUAAUGGUUUAUUAGAUACUAAAAAUCAGAGCGUUAAAUAAUUUCGAAUACGCAAAACAAACAUGAUUUUUAUAAAAACAUUAACACAUCAAUCCACAUGUUAAUACAUAGAAUUUUAUUUAUUUGGUGUUAGAACUUAAUUCUAUAGCAAUAUGUUCCUGCUAUUUUUGGAUCUCAGGUUUAAUAUUCCUAGUGACUGGUUGAUUUAAAUAUAAAUAUAUCUAUAUACUUCUAACCGUUUGUACAUUCACAUCAUUGGUGGUUAGAGAUCAAUUAUUGAUGCAACCCCAUCUAAUGCUGAAACAAUCUUUGUCUCAAAAGACAUUAGCAAUGCAUGGUUUUAAGUUCCAAAACCCUAAAAUGUUAACCAUUCCUUCAAUCCAGUAUUAUAAGUGACAACAAUUUGAUGAUGACAAAUAAUGUAAAAAUGUAUUUUUGGCUUUAAACAUUGUUUUAUAUUUAUAAUAAAAAUCGAGUCAGUAAUUAUAAGACGUGUAGUUUAGUAAAGAGUUAUUGCAUUUGUAUAGUAAAUUUAAGUGUAUAUAAUUUAAGUGUAUAUAAUUUGCAGGUUUAUAAGUGAGACGGACAUGUAAUACUUUAAAAAUAUUAACUCAUUGUUGGUAGGAUAUAUUAAAUAUCCGCUCGGAUAGCGACCACAGUACACAAGGUGUUAAAACCCGCCAUAGUGGCCUACGUAUGUGUCGCGUUCCGGGAUCAGCCUGAGUAUAUGAAGUUCCAACAGGCCGGCAUAAUUGUGUCGACUGUCGAGGUUAACCAUCUCUCGUCAGUCGACAUUCUAUUGGACUCCACUCCAAUUACCAUUAGGUGCAGCCACUUGGCCUUGUCCGUAUAAAAGAUACAAGGGAAAAGUGUUUCAGAUUUAUAUAAAUUAACUUUCACAAAUUAAAAUAAAUUUUAUACUUUGCGUAAUCUAUUUAAUUUCACUCAACAAUAUUUUUAAAGUGCUGCUUGUUCGUCUUAGUUAAGGAGCGACCUUGUCCUUGGUGUCAAUUUAUAACAAAAUGUUAAGUGAAAGAAAAAAGUAUUUUUGCAUUUAAGUCAGCUUGAGAAGAAAUAAAAUGGUCAAAACUGAGGCAAUGAAAAAUCCAAACGCUGUUUAAAGAAUUAUUUUACAGUCGAAAUAUACUUUUUUCCGCCAUAAAUAAGUUAAUAUAUUGACAUUGGUGCUUUUUCGUAUUUUACGUGUAAAGUGUGUAUAUUUUUUUAAAACUGACCACGUGACACGGUCAAAAUAUAGAAUGCCUUGAAUACACAUUGUGAUAUAAAUGUAUAUACUAAAAUAAUUUUAAAAUUAAUACAUCACUUCUCAUUUGUUUGUAUUUUUUAGAUAUGCAAUGUUAAUUUUUGCUUUUAUUAUUCAAAUAGCAAAAAUACUGACAAAUUAAGACAGGAAAGAAUUCAGAUACAUUCGACAAUAAAGUAAAAAAAUAAUAAUUAUAAAAACAUAAGAGUGAUGUAUUAAAUCUAUUUAAAUAUUUAAUUAAGAAUAAAAGAGAAGGAGAAAUAAACUGAGAGAAAGUACACAGUA